CAACCAAUGGGAUGGGAUGACAGGGGCAUGAAAGGGAAACGAGAAGCGAAGUCGCGCAAACACAUUUCUUGUGAAAAGCAAUAACGUUAGUUGUGGUGGCGAAUUCAGUCUAUAUUAAAUGCAGUAAUUGAUGACGCGAUAGAAAGGUAUGUUUUUGCCUUUGUAUCAUUCCUUGUUGUGAAAUGACCUCCAAGUCUGCCAAGCUCGCAUGUUAGCUAGCUAACGUUAGCUCGCUAGAUACUGAAUCAACUGAAAAUACUGUAGCUAGCUAGAUUGUUCACAAUCCGUUUGUAGGCUUGUAACUAGCGCAUUAGUCCCCCUUGCUCAGCAGGUUACCUUUAGACAACGUAGUCAAGCUGUCCUACGUAACGUUACACACUUCUAGCUACGCUAAUUAGCUAGCCAGCUAGACGCGCAUGCGUGACUACAAGGCCUCCAACAUGGGUGAACCACAGCAGGUGAGUGCCCUACCUCCCCCUCCCAUGCAGUACAUCAAGGAGUACACUGACGAGAACAUCCGCAAGGGGCUCGCCCCCAAACCCCCUCCUCCCAUCCGAGACACCUACAUGAUGUUCGGCAACCAGUUCCAGUGUGACGACCUGAUCAUCCGACCGCUGGAGAGCCAGGGCAUCGAGCGGCUCCACCCCAUGCAGUUUCACCACAAACGGGAGCUCAAGAAGCUCAACAUGUCCAUCCUGGUGAAUUUCCUGGAUCUCCUGGACAUCCUGAUCAAGAGCCCUGGCAGUAUAAAGAGAGAGGAGAAGCUGGAGGACCUGAAGCUACUGUUUGUCCACAUGCACCAUCUGAUCAAUGAGUACCGUCCGCACCAGGCCAGAGAGACCUUGAGGGUGAUGAUGGAAGUGCAGAAGAGACAGCGCCUGGAGACUGCAGAGAGGUUCCAGAAACAUCUGGAAAGGGUCAUGGAGAUGAUCCAGGGAUGCCUGGCCUCCCUGCCCGAUGACCUGCUGCAGACUGAGGGCUCGAGUGGGGUAGGGGAUGGGGCGAGGGGUGGUGGAGCGUUGGGGAUGGCUGUCAGGCUAAAGACUGAGCCCAUGGAAGUGGAGGAGGCUGGGGCUAGCUGUAUGGCUGUUGGACCACAACAGGACAAAAGCAUGGGUGGUGCUGCUAAGAAGGACAGAGUAUGGGACAAGGAUGCAGCAAUGUGUAGUAUUAUCGACGAGAUUGCCUGAGUUUUGUAUUUAGGGCUGGGGUCUCUAUAGAAGGCUGCAAUGAUGAAGAACGUUCAGAUAGAAAUGUGUUCUGUAAAACAGAUUGUCUGUUGUGAAUCGAGUCCUCUUCAUUAUAUUUCUAUAUGUAAUGUUCAGAAUCAAAAUGAUUCACCUUGCUGAACAUAUGUUUCUCUUGUUUUGGUUUGUUUUAUUGCUGUUAUUGGUCUGUUUAAUUGUGUCGUAUGCUUAAUCUAGUUCUGAUCACAUACGCUGUGCAGUUUUAUAGUAUUUUUCAUGGACUAUGAAGUGUCAUGGACAAUGAGAACACACCUUCCUUGUUCAGAAUUGUUUUGGGCUAUCAUUAAUGUUUGAAUGCUCUUUAAAAUUCAUAAUUUGAUAAGUUAAUAAAGCAACUUCCAAGUCCUGUAACAUAA